AUGAGUCACAUCGAUAUGGUCGCAACAAUAUAUUCAUCGACGGGGACACAUCAGGAGGGACACAACGACAGGCUUAUCGAGAGGGACACAUCAAGAGACACAUCGAGAGAGUCACAUCGAGAAACAUGUCAAGAGAGACACAACGUGAAACACAUUGAGAGAGACACAUCGAUAGACACAACGAGAAACAUAUCAACCAAAGAGAGACACACAACAAGAGACACACCGAGAGAGGUACAACAAGAGACAGAUCGAGAGGGACACAACAAGAGACACACUGAGAGGGACACAACAAAAGACACUACGAGAGCGACACAACAAGGAACAAAUCGAGAGAGACACAACAUGAGACAUAUCGAGAGGAACACAACAAGAGACCCUACGAGAGGGACACAACGAAAGACACUUCAAGAGAGACACAACAAGGUGCACAUCGAGAGGACACAACGAGAGACACAUCGAGAGGGACACAACAUAAGGUGCAUCGAGAAAGACACAACAAGAGGCACAUCCAGAGACACAACAAGGGUCACAUCGAGAGAGACACAACAAGGGUCACAUCGAGAGGGACACAACAAGAGGCACAUCGAGAGGAACAAAACAAGAGGCACAUCGACAAAGACACAAAAAGAGGCACAUCGAGAGGGACAUAACAAGAGGCACAUCGACAGGGACACAACAAGAGACACUUCAAGAGAAACACAACAAGGGUCACAUCGAGAGAGACACAACAAGGGUCACAUUGCGAAGGACACAACAAGAGGCACACCAAGAGGAACAAAAAAUAGGCACAUCCAGAGACACAACAAGAGACACUUCGAGAGAAACACAACAAGGGUCACAUCGAGAGGGACACAACAAGAGGCACAUCGAGAGGAACACAACAAGAGGCACAUCAAUAGGAACAAAACAAGAGGCACAUCCAGAGACACAACAAGAGACACUUCGAGAGAAACACAACAAGGGUCACAUCGAGAGGGACACAACAAGAGGCACAUCGAGAGGAACAAAACAAGAGGCACAUCGACAAGGACACAAAAAGAGGCACAUCGAGAGGGACAUAACAAGAGGCACAUCGACAGGGACACAAAAAGAGGCACAUCGAGAGGGACAGUACAAGAGGCACACCGAGAGGGACACAACGAUAGAUAA